CUGGAGUUUAGAACGACUCGUUCAAUAAUCGCACAUUUCAAUUGAUGAGACAUUAGCUACCAUUACAUUACUUUUAAUGAAGUCGGCCAUGGUACUGUUUGUCCACAACGAUAGGGUGAAAAAAGUUUCCUUUGACGUGGAAGUGGUAAUGAAGAAAUACAUUUGAGGUUAACUAGUUAGCUUGCUAACUAGCUUGCUAGCUAACUCGAGUCCCUGCCGUUUAAGAGUCGAGGAGUGUGUUGUAAACCAAUAGGAUGAACUUCUUUCCCGUCCCGCCUCUCGUUCCGCGUCAUGGCCCUCCUCCUCUUGGUCAAGACAUGAAACGCCGCCACGCCGACCACAACCGCAAAGCCCAGCGCCAGGAUAACCAAACCCAGCGCCAGCAAGUGAGAGGUCCCCCCGCCGGAGUGGUUCAAUUGGUCCCACACGCCCACGCCCACGCAGCUGAAGCCGAUGAGAGUCCCCCAAAAGCCGAAAGCCAGCAUGCACGAGCUGCAGGACAGCUCAACGCCGCCCGUUACCACGGUGAUCCCCGCCACUGAGACCACGCCUCCAGUGGUCCCCUGCCUCCCCUGCCCUACUUACCUCCAACUUAUCUCCGUUCCUCCUCAGACGUGCACACUCCACAGCUGACAGGAGGAGACGCGGAGAUCCAAGCAUGGGGAACAGCACGAGUAGCGCCUUGUCCAAGGAGAUCCUGGAGGACCUGAAGUUGAGCACCAAGUUCAGCGAGCAGGAGAUCAGCCAGUGGUACGAGAACUUCCAGAAGCAGUGCCCGAGCGGGCGCAUCACGCCCGAGGAGUUCGAGCAGAUCUACGCCCGCUUCUUCCCGGACAGCGACGCCAAGAGCUACGCCCGCCACGUCUUCCGCUCCUUCGACACCAACGACGACGGCACGCUGGACUUCAAGGAGUACAUCAUCGCCCUGCACAUGACCUCCACCGGGAAGACCACCAGGAAGCUGGAGUGGGCCUUCUCGCUCUUCGACGUGGACAAGAACGGAUACAUCAACAAGACGGAAGUCACGGAAAUCUGCCAGGCCAUCUUCAAGCUGAUCCCCAAGGAGGAGCAGAGCAGACUCCCGCAGGACGAAAACACCCCCGAGAAACGAGCCAACAAGCUGUGGUCCUACUUUGAGAAGAAAGACAACGAGAGACUGGCUGAAGGGGAGUUCAUCAAGGGGGUCAUCGAGAAUGAAACCGCAAUGCGACUCAUCCACUACGGACCGCUCAAACAAUAAAAAAACAUCACCUCUCUUAUUAUUGCUUUUCUUUUCAGAAAUAUAGAUUCAUAAAUAAAUAUAUAUUAGAGGUGCAAAAUGGCUUCUUUUCCUAACCAAAAACAACAACCUUUAUGAUACCCACAACUCUUUUAUAUCAGCUUUUUUUAAAUAUCGAUGGAAAUAUGAAAUCAUCACAUGACUACUAGCGCAUCACUACUAUCAGGAGGAGCAGCGUAUAAAGGGGGAGGUGUGUUUGAUUCGCUCACCCGCACACUACAUUGGAGCUAUUUAGGGAAGCUUUCCAGAAAAAUCAAAAAAUCUUCUGGAAUAUAUAUUAAAAAAAUUAAAAAUUUCAAGAAAAAAGAUGAUUAUGGAAAAUAAGAUCAAAUAAAUAAUAAGGGCAUUUUCCUUAUCACGAAAAGUAAGGGAAGCUUUCCAAAAAAAUCAAAAAUCUUCUGGAAUAUAUAUUAAAAAAAAAAAUUUUAAUUCAAGAAAAAAAACUUUAUGGAAAAAAAGAUAAAAUAAAUAAUAAGGGCCUUUUCCUUAUCACGAAAAGUAAGGGAAGAUUUCCAGUAAAAUCAAAAAUCUUCUGGAAUAUAUAUUAAAAAAAAAAAAGUCAAGAAAAAAAAACUUUAUGGAAAAAUAUAAUAAAAUAAAUAAUAAGGGCCUUUUCCCCAAAAAAUUAUUUAAGAAAAAAAUUCCCAGUGUAAAUUUAAUUGAAUUAACAAUUUUAUUCAAUUUAAAUUAUCCAGCAAUGUUCCUGUGUUUUCCAAUUUUGUGGGGAAAUAAGACAAAAAUAAUAUAAAAUAAUAUCAAGUUUUUGGUUAAAUAAAAUAAAAUAAAAUAUCAAUAAUGAUCAAGAAAAUAAGGGGAAUUUUUCAUUAAAAAAAAGAAAAUGAGGAAAUAACCCUUCCCGGAAAAUAAGAUACAAAUAAAAAAACAUGAAAAUUUAAGAAAACAUUUGCAUUAAAUGAUUUCAGGAACAUUUUCCAUAAACAUUCUGCAUCACAUGACUACUAGCGCAUCACUACUAGCAGGAGGAGCAGCGUAUAAAGGGGGAGGUGUGUUUGAUUCGCUCACCCGCACACUACAUUGGAGCUAUUUUGAUCUAAUUUAUCAGUACGAUGUAAUUAAUAUUCCCUCAUAUCAUGCACCCCUAAUAUAUAUGUGUAUAUAAAUAUGUAUGUAUACGUAUGUACACAGUACACUUCAGUUAUAUUCCCACCCUGGAAGUCAAUUGUAUUUAUUGAAUGGGUAUUUUUCCUGGAAAUGACAAUAAAAGUAGCAAAAGAUUGUGAUGAAAUUAAAAUGUCUUAUGUUUAACACUUGGUUUCUCCCUCUCCUAACCCUGCCGCUUAGCUUCAUGUUGUCCCAUUUCAAACAUUUGCAAUAAAAGUGACUUUUAUGUGAGAUUCAGUUCCCUGGUGACAAGAGUCGUCUUUAAAUAUGCCUGACACGCUUAAUAAAGCAGUGCUACUCAACACUCAAUCAUAUCAUGAAUAGAUGGUGCGUUCAAGGACCGCCUGAUAAAGUGGGGCAUUUUUGCAUAUGAUUAUUUU